AUGGAGCAGGCGAAGAUGGCUUCUCCUAAAAGUGCGCCCAAGGAUGCUCAGGUCAUGGCCCAGAUAUUAAAGGAUAUGGGGAUCACAGAGUACGAACCCAGAGUUAUCAACCAGAUGUUGGAAUUCACAUACAGAUAUGUAACCACAAUAUUGGAGGAUGCAAAAAUUUACUCAAGUCAUGCUAAGAAGAACAAUAUUGAUGCAGAUGAUGUCAGACUGGCCAUUCAGUGUCGGACAGACCAAUCUUUUACCUCUCCACCUCCAAGAGAUUUUUUAUUAGAUAUCGCAAGACAGAAGAACCAGACACCACUUCCUUUAAUAAAACCAUACGCAGGACCCAGACUGCCUCCAGACAGAUAUUGUCUGACGGCACCAAACUAUCGGCUUAAAACAAUACAAAAAAAGAUCCCAACUUCAGCAAGUAGAAUAACAGUGCCAAGACUUAGUGUAGGAGCUGUGACAAGCAGGCCAAGUACUCCUACUUUAGGGACUCCUGCAACACAAACUGUGUCAGUUUCCAAAGUUGGGGGGACACCAGUGUCUUUGGCUGGUCAGCGGUUUACAGUUCAGAUCCCCACUUCACAGACAACAGUAAAAACAGCCACUCCUACCACGCCAACAGUUCAGAAUGUCCUCAUAAACCCUUCCUUGAUUGGAUCAAAAAACAUUCUCAUAACUACAAAUAUGGUGCCAUCACAGAACGUAACAAGUGAAUCCAAUUCGUUAAAGCGGAAACAUGAAGAUGAUGAGGACUAUGAUGUAAUAUAA